AUGAAGAGGACCACUGUGAUUGCAUCCCUCUGCAUGUACCUACUGCUGGGGAGUUCACUCCUUUGCCUCUGCGGAAAGGUGAAGAAAAACAAACAAGUUAGAAACAUGCUAAAGUCACUAACCGAGAGGGUAGACACAGAUGAUGGAGAAAACGAAUAUGCCAGACUGACCCAAACACCAGUUGUAAAAAUGAACUUAUCUAAGGUAAAGUUCAAGACGAGCUUACAGAAUGUACUUGUGGAACCAUACACAGAAAGGGUUAAAGAUUUUGUAGCGAAAACGAAUUACGAAAUAAAGAUGGAAAGGGCACUGUUAGAUGAAAUAAAAAACGCUAAUCAGAACAUGGACCGAAUUGGUGAUAUCCUUUCUGCACGAGAAGGGAAGCAAAGGAAAACUCGUGAUAAUCAUAUCCUUAUCAGUAGGUAUUUCCGCUACUUAAAAGAUAAGGACGAAGAUUUUGGGUUAAGUUUUUUUCCUGUGUACAAGACGUUUAAAUCGAAUAGUUCCCAUUUUGGUGACAAUUUGAGCAGUUCUUUAUACCCACAUGAGUUGCUAGAAAUGGGUUCCAUGUCAAGUGAAAGUUUUUUAAAAAAUUCAUCUAAGCGGAUUUCCUUCCCAGAAAGGGGGGACUCCUAA